AUGAAUUUAUCAAAAUUAGAAAAAUUACCUGAUGAAAUUUUACUUGAAAUUUGUGUUUAUUUAAAGCCCUAUGAUAUUAUAAAUAGUUUUGGACAACUAAAUAGUCGUUUAGAACGAACUAUAAGUCAAUAUCGACAUGAUGCAGAUCUACAUCAUUUAACUUUUAGUCAAUUCUAUCGAUGGUCUAAUCAUCUUUUAUCUUAUACAGCCACAUCUAUUGUAAAUUUAGUUGUAAGCAAUUGGAAUUCUCCUGGACAAAUCUAUCUUUUUAAUCAACUGGCAAAAGAUUAUGAUUCUCUUCAUGAUUUAUUUCCAAAUAUAAAUCAACUUCGAUUAAUUGAUUUUACUAAUGAUGACGUUGAAAUUCUUUCGAAACUUGCAAGGAUUAAAAAAAUUUUUAUCGACGCUGAUGCAUUGGUAUCAUUAUCAUAUUCAACACAUAUUUUACUUGAUAAAUAUAUUUUCUGUUCAUCGAAUCAUUUUAAAGAAAUACGUUUAUGGGGUAUUGAAAAUGGUAUUCGACUACAACAUGACGUGAAUAUUCUAGAAAAUGUUCAUCUCGAACGAUUAACAAUAAGCGUUGCUUUCUUAGAUGAUCUCAUUUUAAUGUUUCGACGUUCACCAAAUUUAGUUCAUUUUAAUGUUGAAGUAGUUCAGCAUACAGCAAAAAUCCUACGACAGAAUGCAACGAUUGAAAUGUUACCAAAGCAUUUAAAAAUUUUUCAUUUUCAAACAACUGAUCAACAAGUAUUAUCGUAUGAAGAUUUAGAUAAAUUAGUUAGUAAUAUGCCUACGAUUGAACUUUUCUCAUUGGAUGCAGAUACAAAUGAUGUUAAUUAUGCCGAUGGAUAUAAUUGGCAACAUACGCUAUCAAGUGUAGUCAAUUUAAAACGUGCUUAUUUUAAAAUACGAAUUUAUUUAACAUUAGAUAUGACACCUAUUGAUGAAGAUUCGAUUUUAGAAUCAUUUCAACAUGCCAAUAUACCUAUAUGUUGUUAUAUUGAUACCAAAAUAUUGCAUAUUGACACCAUACCAUAUAAUAUGGCAGACUUCGAUACACAUAUGAGUGUAACAAUAUCACCUAGUGCAAAAUCAGCGAGAGCAACAAAUAUGGAAUUAUUUCAACAGAAAUCUAGACGUGUUCAGACGCUUAUCGUAGAUGGUCAACAUGAUCCAACAGUAAUAGACGAUUGGCUAUGUGUUAUCAAUCGUUUUUCUGAUAUUGAAAUACUUCAAAUCAAUGCAGUAAAUAUACCAGAAAAUGAAAAUACUAAUAUUGAAACUAAAACGAAAAAUAUCAAGUUACCAAAUCUCUCGUAUUUGCAUUACAUUCGAUCAACUAGUUGUAAAGUACAUAUACAUUUUUUUAAACUUCUUACUAACACUAUUAUCGUAAGUCCACAAUUAAAAGCCUUAUCGAUGAUGUAUGGAGAUUUAAUUUAUUUAUGUAAACGUUUAUCCGGUUGUAGUUUCGAACGAAUAAACGAACUUUGGCUAUAUGGUGGCGAUGCCGAUGGACAAGUUACUUUGAUAGAUAUUGAUUUGUUACUUAAAACAUUUCCAUGUUUAUAUCAUUUUGUUUUUAAUAAUCAAUCGAGUAGACUUUUGAAUAGACACCUAAAAUCAAUCGUUGAAAUAAUUCUACAUUCUUCACCAACGCUAAUUAGUUUUCGAAUUUCAUGUAAUAAAGGUUCACUAAAAUUAUUAUCGUUGAUGGACAAUGAGGCGUGCACUGCUUGGAUCAAACGAAUAUGUGGUCUUAAUAAUCAUGAACAAAUGCAUGUGAUAGUAAAUAAAAAAAUGUUAUCGAUUUGGAAAUAA